GGGGCGAAUCCAGAUUCCCGCCAUCUACACAAGCGGCGGCUCGCUGUUUGUGUGUUCCUUGAAGACAUGGACUGGGAGCACUUGGAUUUGAAUCCUCAAGUCACUGCCGCCCUUAAUAAGGCAAACAUCAAAUCUGUGGCAGACAUCUUAACUUACUCCGCGGUGGAUCUGCAGAGAAUUACCCAUCUGUCCAUCCCCGAUGUCCAGCACGUACAGAAAGCAGCCGCUGUUACUUUGCAAAAGGAUAAAAAAGUGAUUACAGCGUUGCAGUUAUACAGGGACAAGGACGGAUUCCCAACCCAGCACCAGAAGCUGAGCCUCGGCUGCAGCAUCUUGAAUCAUUUCCUGCGAGGGGGGGUCCCCAUAGUGGGCAUUACAGAACUGGCCGGGGAAAGCUCCGCAGGGAAAACCCAGAUAGCUUUGCAGCUGUGCCUGUCUGUGCAGUACCCCGCAGAGUAUGGAGGUCUUGGAGCAGGGGCUGUGUACAUCUGCACAGAAGACGCCUUUCCAAGCAAGCGACUGCAGCAGUUAAUUAAAUCCCAGCACAAACUGAGAUCGGACGUCCCGCUCGACAUCACUCGCAGCAUCCGAUUUGGAGAUAGAAUUUAUAUCGAGCACGCAGCUGAUAUAGACAUGCUCACUGACUGCAUUACUAAGAAACUUCCCAUCCUCCUCCGCCGCGGUCAGAUUCGCCUGAUAGUCAUUGACUCUAUUGCGGCUUUGUUUCGCUGCGAAUUUGCCGCCAAGGACGCUGCCCUAAAAGCAAAGCAUCUGCAGUCCCUCGGGGCCAAACUCCACCAUCUCAGCACCAGCUUCUCAACGCCUGUAUUCUGCAUCAAUCAGGUCACGGACACCAUGAAGGAGGCAGACUCAGUCCCGAGUCACUUGGGGUUACAAGCUAAAAAGGUGCAGCCAGCUCUGGGAAUCUCCUGGUCCAACCAGCUACUGAUCAGGCUUAUGGUCUCUCGGACACAGAUGAUGGCGCCUCCACCGCACACCGGCGGUGUUUUACGGACUAUGGAAGUCAUUUUUGCACCUCAUAUUCCUCCCUCUACUUGUUACUACACUGUAGACCUGGAAGGAGUGAAGGGCAUCGACACCCCAUGAACCCUUUACACAUCGGCCCAGGAAAUAUAACCUACAGUACACGGUCCAUUAGGUAAAAGAAACUGUAAGGAGUCAGAGAAGUUUCCAAGUAAUGGGCCUAUGUCUACAGCAGCCAGCCAGCUCCGAACCCCCGUGUGAGACUAUUGUUUUUGAGGGACACUUAUAUUAGGGGGACAUUUAAAGGGCAUCUGUCAGCAGUUUUGUAUCUAUGACACCGGCUGACCUGUUACAUGUGCACUUGGCAGCUGAAGGCAUCUGUGUUUGUCCCAUGUUCAUAUGUGCCCGCAUU